UUGAUCGUGUCACCACUGACAACAAUGAUGGCGGCAUGUGUCGACGUAUUUUUAAGUUUAUGAUCGUUUACGGGCAAGACAGGACACACAUAUGCCGCCACGAUACGUUAAAGUGAUCUUCCGGGUUUGUUUUCGAACUCGACUCGAUGGAGAGCAGCCAGCAGUCGUCGGUUCUAUCCCAGAGCUAGGAAAUUGGCGGAUCAAAAAUGAUUCAGGCCUUUACCAGCGCGCGAGGCUUUUGCCAAUAGUGGAAGGCUCCAGUAGAGACGGCGGGAAACAGGUUUGGGAAGCAGUCCUGAAAGUACCCACCGAUACACAGUUUUGUUGGUCGUGGCUUGUUCUCAGUCACGAUGGGGAAAUAGAUAGGCGUGAAACAAUAAAUGAAAGAAUACUUUUCAUCGAGAAAUGUAGUGUCAUUGUGCAUUCGGAAUGGAAUGUGGAAAAUGAAGUCAUAAUUUUCCACACUUGUAAAGUAGACGUAUAUACAAACUACGUCACUCCUCCCGGAAAGGUUCUUGGUAUAAUUGGCUCGACGCCGCCCCUGGGGUGCUGGGAGCCUAGGGAUUGUGUACUGAUGGACAGUUGCUUCCCUCGAGGAUCAGGAAAAUGGAAGGCAUCUUUCGUCGUCAAUAACGAAAUGGACAUAGAGUGGAAACUUGUUGUUAUAGACAAAGAAAGGAAUGAGAUAAUCCGCUGGGAAGAGAGGACCAACAGGUCAUUAAACGUGUCUGGGCAGUGGGUCAAGCUGGAGGUGGCAUGGUCAGGUGGAGAAAGUGUCCGAGACACCAUCUCACGAGACUUUGAUCGAAACUACAACACCGUCAAGAUAUUGGAUGAUCUGGUUAAAAAAACUCAACACGAGGAGGAUAAACAAGGAGAUCUCACGGAGAGAGCAUGUUCCAGUACGGAUCCCUCGCCACACUCAAGUUCGGGCCCUGGGGACCAGGAUGUCAUAUUCAAUGGGCCCACGAAGAAGGGAAAAGGGACAAAAUUCAUUUCCAGGAAACCCACAUCCACUCAAAAAAAUCAUGAUUAUCAGCAAAGAGAAGGAAUCAUGAAGCCUGAUAGUCAUUCUCCCGCCAUGUCAGCCGAACGGGCCUGCACCCUAGAAGAUGUCUUAGCGUCAACACGUGGCAUGCCCGUGCGUAGGGGAAAUGGGUACCAGUGUCUUAAGUGUGGUAAAUGUGAAGAUACAUGUACUGGAUUGUUAAAGACUAAUAGGAAUGAAUACUGUCUCCACAAUGGAGGAUCGGACAGGACACAGGUGUCAAGGUUUUACCGUUUUCGUGAAAGAGCUGAGGCACUGAGAGUGAUAGGUAUGCACCAAAAGUUUACCCUUUUGUCUGCAUUCUUCCUUCUAAUGAAGAUCGUGUAUGACUUUUAUGUUAACCAACGUUAAUCUUCCACCUGUCAAUGAAAAAAGGCCUGUUCUGUUUUAAUGUCAUUGUGACACUAUUUUUAAAUUAACCUAUGUAACACUAAUUGAUUUUGAGGUUUAACCUGAAAGAUAUUUUGGAGUCCAUGUUAGUUGAAAUUCGUCUCUGCAAAAGCUCCUAGGGUUAUGUCAAGUUUAUGUUUAUGAAGAACGCCUGCGCUUAAAUGGAAACAAUAAAUGUAUAAUAACAUAG